UGAUCACAAAUAAACCAUUUUGAGGUAACGUAAUAACCUUCUUGCCCAUCACGCUUCUAUUUAUACCUCUGUUAUCCCAGUGUACGGUGUACCAUCACUGAAACCAAACUUAAAUCAUUCACAUUGACAUCGUUCUAACAAAAAAUUUCAAAACAAUAGAAGGCAGUUCCGAAAUUCAGAGAGAGAUGAACAAUUUGCGCAUUACUGUUUCAUUAUUUUUGGCCACUCUUGUCUUCACCGCGACUUUUUCAAACUCUGUGGUGGAGGCCAAAAAAGAAAUCAUAAUCUCAUUCAAAUGUAAACAGAAAUCAGAUUGUCUAUCAAACAUUGCGUGUCAGGCUUGUGUUGAUUGCCGAUGUGAUAAGAAAUUGUGUAGAUGCCAUGGUUUCAAACAAGAAAACGGGAAUACAACAGUUGCACCAUUUCCAGUUUAAAUUACUCAUCAUUUUCCUAUUAAAGAUCUAUGCCUUUGUAAUGCAAAAUCUAUAUCUAUAUAAAUAAAGUUAAACUCUCUCCUCUCAUUACGCUACCUCAUC